CGCGCCUUCAUCUCCCUCCCCGGCUCCUCCCCCCAAAGCCUCGUCGCCACGCGGACCCUCCCCUACGCCCGCGAGCCCCUCUACGAGCUCAUCGCAGACGUCGACUCCUACUCGUCCUUUGUCCCCUACUGCUCCCGCUCCCGCGUCACGCAGUGGUCCCCGCCAGACGCCUCCGGCCGCCGCUGGCCCGCCCUCGCCGACCUGCACGUCGGCUGGGGCGGCUUCGACGAGGUCUUUACCAGCCGCCUGCGCUGCGUCCCCGGCGUCUCCGUCGAGGCCCGUAGCGGAGGGUCUGCUGGGGACGGCCCUGCGAAAGACGCCUCGUCCGUCUUUAAGACCCUCGAGACACUGUGGUCCUUGACACCAGUGACCCGGCAGUCCGCAACAACGCCUUCCACCGAGGUCCGGCUCACCAUUACGUUCGAGUUUGUCAACCCUCUCUAUGCCGCC